UUUCAUAUAUUAUUGAUCGAAGAAAUGAUGAAAAAAUAUUUUGGAAGUGCGAACAUGCGAGAAAAUAUGCCUGCCAUGGACGAUUACAUACAGAUUUAAGCAAUGUAUUCAUUAAGACUGUUGGUGAUCAUGAAAACCACACUGAAAAUCCACGUUCUGGACCAGUUCGGCAGUGCUAUGAACGAUUACAAGGGGAAUCACAACAGAAUCAAACAAAUCUUCAUAAUAUUUUAACACAAACAAAUAUCGGUGUUCCGGAUGAAGUGCGUAUUCAGCUACCAAGCAAUGAAAAUUUGAACCGAAACAUCCGUCGCUGGCGAUAA